AUGUGGUGCUCGCUUCCGUCGAUCUGCUCGCCGGCGAGAUCGGCCAUCCCGGUCUAUUCGAUUGCUGACGAAAUCCAGAUCGAGAACGGCGGCGUUGGGACAUCAGAAGCACCCGCCGCCGCCGCCAUAAUCUCCGACGCCGACGCCAUAGCCAUCAGUCCAAUCGCCGAGCCAUCAACCCCGACUGUCAGUCGUCGUCUACAUAGCCCGUCGCCGCCAUCAUCUCCGACGGUACCUGCAUCCAUCAUUGAGCCACACCGGUUCUCCACGCCGGCAGAUGGAGGCGAGGCGACGCGGCGGCGAGGCGUUGAGAUGGCUGACAGGGACGAUGGGACGAGGAGGGGGACGGAGGCGACGCGACUCAACAGCGGCCGAAAGCGAGACGUCUCGACUGCAGACGGAGAUCUUGGGUCCGACGGCGGCUCCGUCAUGCGAGUGAGUCGAGGAUGGAAGUGCGGCGACUGA